CCGAUCGGCACACCUCGUUGUCACUGCAUCCUUGCCACACGCCUCUCUGUCUGUCUCUUUGUACCAUCAAGCAUCGAAGAGCUUCAAAAUGCAGUAUUUCGUCGUUUUCUUGACUGUCGUCUUCGGGACUGCUCUCGCCAACCCGAUGGCUGUCACGUCCGACGACCUGAAGCAACAGAACAGGGAGAUCUCGUCCCAGGAAUACCUGAAGCGAGUCUUCCAGGGCUCCACCGUCUCUUCUGUCGGACGUACUCGGGACAUCGUCCGUAAGUUGAUAGACUUGGGGCUGUAUCAGGCAGCGUCCAUCGCCAAUGGAUUCGAUCUGAAUAAGAUCAUCGGAGACAGUGACGUUUCAUCCGUCACUCUGUGCAUGCCCAAUGACGAGGCUUUCGAGAAGUGGUGGCAGCAACCCCCCCAAAACCUAGACGGGGAGUCUUGGAAGAACCUGAUCAAGGCUUGGAUCGUUCCGGAAAGCAUCAAAUCAACGGAGAUCAGAAAUAACCAGAAGGUUCAGAGCUUGAAUGGCGCCAUGCUGAGAUUCAACAUCUAUCCUGAUGAGGUGGUCGCUGUAAAUGGUGCUCGUAUUCUAGAAGAGGAUGAUACAUUCGCCAAUGACAUCAUCCAGAUAAUCGACAAGGUCAUCUACCCACUUCCGGUGGGUAAUGUCAUCGAGACCUUGGAUGAUAACAAAGCAUUAUCCAUCAUCGUUGAUCUCGUGCGCCAAGCCGACUUCGUGGAACAACUCGAAUCGGACCCCAUCACUGUUCUCGUACCAACCAAUGACGCCUUCAACGCCCUCCCAUCCGGUGUCCUCGACGACCUCAAACGCGACAACGACAAACUCCGCAACGUGCUCGGAUACCACGUGGUCUCUGACGUCAGAUAUUCCGCAUCCUUGUCGUCUGGGCAACGCGUCUCAACUUCACAGGGAAAUGAUAUUUCAAUCACUCGCGAUGCUGCUGAUCAAAUUUUCCUGAACAAGCAGACUGAUCAGUCAAGAGCCGCAAAGGUGGUCCUCCGGGAUAUCCCCACCACCAAUGGAGUCAUCCAAGUCAUCGACCAGGUCCUUCUCCCGCCACAAAGACACUUCGUUCUUGUUUAACCCAACUUAACUUAUUUCCAACAUUGGCGGCGGAAGCCAAAAAUUAGGGUGGUCUACAUAAAAUUUUGUGAUGGACACAUUGUACAAAAAUGUGGCAAGCAAAAGAAUUUUAGGGGGGACAAGGAGACAUUUUAUGGGGGUCCACCAGAAUUUAGGGGAACACAGGACACAAGCAAAAUCAGCUAAAAAAAUUUUAGGGAGACCGUUCCCUCCCCCACCUCAAAUUUUGGGAGAUCUAUCCCCCGCUUCCGCCGCCUAUGAUUUUCAACGACUGUAUAUCUAUAUACAACACAUCCAAUCCAAUAUUUAAAACAAGAUGAUAUCUAAUUUAUAAUACAUAUAUGUUAUCAAGUGAUUCUGCAUUUUUGCACUGCACUGCAGAAAUAAAACUAUUGAUUUUGCAAACUA